AUGAGCGGGCGGCGCAGGUCCCGGCCGCCGGAGGGGCCCGCACACUCCUAUACACACGUGUGCGCCCCGCCCGGGCCUGCGUGGGUCGAGCCGCACGCAAGCCCUGCUCUCGGAGGGUCGCCGGCAGCCGUGCGCUCUUUUGGGAUUGGCCCAGCCACGGCCAACUUCCUGGGCCGAGGCGCCUCCCGCGCGCGACCCCGGCCCCGCCUCCGCCCCUCGGUACUGAGCCGAGCGCAGCUCCCCAGGGGUCAAGCGGCCCCACCCUGUCCCCGGUUCCUGAGAGCCGCGGGUCCCAAGCGGCCCUGGGAAGGUGACGAGUGGCACGAACAGGCACCUGCCCUGCCCCUCGCUGAGAUUUCAGGAUCCAGAUUACCAACCCCUCUACCCAAGCGGCUCAGAGAGGGUGCGCGUCUCCAUCAACGGCGCCGCCGCGGUGAGAUCUCAGGCCUGUCCUACCAAAGCCCCAGUGCCCUCACCACCUCGCGGGAUUUUGGAAAACGCAGAACACAAGGGCGGGAUCCGGGAAGCCCUCCUGAGGCCCACCCAAACGGUCACAACCCCCCAGCCCCCCACCGGCUAGGACCCCGGAGCUCGAUGCACGGGCGAAGGGCCAGGGCUGUCGGCCGCCGCGGAGAAACGAACAGCCUCGCUGGACUCGCCGCCGCCCCCUCCGCCAAGAGACGCAAGAGGCGGCCCGGAGCUCCUGCAGCCUCGCUCGCAGCAGAGGAUGGCUGGGGCCUCUAACGCUCAGAGACCAAGACUGCAGAGACACCCCACCAAGCUCUCUGAAGGGCAGCCAUUUAAACCUAUCAUAGCAAGGUGUCUGCAACUCACCGCCCAAUUGAAAUUUUUUUUAACCUGAAGGCGGUUCUGUCAGGGAGUCCGUCAGCCCAAUGGGAGACGUGGAAAUUUCCAGAAAGAACAGGACCAAUGGGUGCGGCUAGCGCGGCUACGAUUGGCGGACCAAGCGACCAAUAACAGUCGCAGAGGUCCACCCCUCCCUCCAAUCGUAGAGCCAAAGAUGGGUGGGGCUUGUCCGGGGAGAACCCAAUCCCGAGGCGCGGGGGAGGCAGGGCUGCGGGGAUUACUCUCCAGGCCCAAUGAGAGAGAAGCAAAGAUGAUGGGCUAGACUUCA